AGCCUGCAGAAAGCCUCUCCGUUUCUCCCUUGCUACGGAGGCGUUGCGGCUUGCGUCGAUAACCUCAGCAGCCCACAGCAGCCUCGAGACUCCUUCUCUCCCUUGGGUGGGGCUUGGAUCUGACUGGGAAGGAACAGGCUCUCUCUCUUGUUGGCAACGGUCUUCUUCUUGGCUCGCGUGUCAUCCACGCGGUGCAUGGGGGGCUCGUCAUGUCUGUUUCGCCGCAACUGCUCGCUCUCAUGUCCGUCACCCCGACUCGGAGUGGCGGAGUCACCUCCUGGUCGAUCCUCAUGGACUUUAGAUAUCCCUUCCCAUGGGAAACUACGGCGGCGUUCGUUUUGAGGGUGAAGGCUAAGGGACCCCCAGACGAGAUGGUCACUCUGGAGGUGGACCGCAACGUCUUCAAGUACAACGUGCACAUGCCUUGGUACGCCCGGCUAGUCCUCGGAAAGAACAUCAUUUGGCACGACGUUCUUCACGCGAACCCAACCACCAAGACGCUGUCUGAAGAUGGCAUCAACAUGAGCCUGCAACGGCUAGGCACGGUGCGGGACUGCUCAUCGUGGCGGGCAUGCGAGGAUGAUCCAAACGUGACCAUGUACAGUAAGCGAGUGGACUUUGACAUCCGCAUGCCGGUGGGGCCAACGAUCAUGAUGCAGGUGGCGCAGCCCCUCAUGCGAUGGUUCAGGACCAAGAGCCACUUGUGUAGAGAGCUGGAAGUGCAGGCGAUUCGCGAGUUCAUCGAGGCGGAGAAAGGGAAGACGGAGGAGGAGCGGACAGAGCGCCUAGCGAACGACGCGGCAUGGAUGGCAGCCUUGACAGCGGAGGCAACCCCACCCGUGUCUCCCCCCCCUCCUGCUCCGUCAUCCCCCUGUUGUUCUUCGGAAGCAGAUCGGAAGGAACAGGUGCACGCCGAGGAAGAGCAAGCGCAGCCGACAAGGCUAGCGGGAGCCAGGGCGAGGGUGAAGAACGUGGUCUCCAAGGCCAGGGCGAAGCUCGCCAAGGUGGUGGGAGCGGGUGCGGCCGAGAGAUCAAGGUCGCAGGCGGCGACGAGGUCGGCGGCGGCGGCGGCGGCCGGCGCGGCAGCGGACGGCUCGUCAGCAUGA